GCCCCUUCGGCGCACAGCCAACCCGGUCGACUCCCACCAUUUUGCGAAAUCGCUUAGGAGUUGCCCUCAACGCAGAGUGGAACGGCUCGAAGGAACGAAUUGUUGCUUUAAGCGGAUGUAUGAGAUGGCCCUGUGGUAAACUGAAGGGGAUGAUAAGCAGCAACAAAAGAGGAGAGCGCCACCUGCACGUUCGGUCAUUCCGUGCCGGCGCUGUUUGACCGAUUCAUUGAUUGUUCCCCAAUUUGUGCAUUUGGCGUUUCCGUCAAAGAGGCCCAAAACAUGUGCUUGCUUUGCGAACAAAAUAGUGAAGAUUCUCCUUCACCGCGAAGGGAUUCCCCGUGUGGUUCCAAAUAAGGGCACAUUCACACGGCGCCUUUUUCCUUUCUAAACGUGGGGUAGCCUCCCCAUGCAGGGUGUAGGAGCACACAUGUGGGAUAUUCCCUGACAUGGAGGUGACCGCUCACACGUAACCGCUGACAUGUGACCGCUCACACGUAACCGCUGACAUGUGACCGCUUACACGUGCACUCCUACGCGUAGGUAGAACCGCCGACCGAAGCGGGGGCUCUAAACGAGGCCACAUCGAAUAGCGAGAUCACCCCCCCCGGCUGGCACCAUGAAAGUUGACGCUAGUGAAAUAUUUCGAAACUACGACCAGAGGAAAGCAGAGGAACACAUUGAGAGCCUGCGAAAUGACAUCAGGAGCAAGGAAGAAUCCAUAAAAACAUUUUUGAAAGAAAAAAGCAGCCAUGUGAUAGACAACACUAUCAAAAUUAAAAGUGUGUAUGCAAGUGUAGACAAAAUAAAGUGCCAAUUGGAGGAUAUCAUUUGCACUUAUAAGGAUUUAAUCGGUGGCGUUCGAAACACAGCGUCGGUGAAUUUUGGAGAGUCAUCAGUGCACACAGAAAAGUUUAGCGAAUCGGAAAAGGACAUCAUAAAAGAGGUGUGGAAAAAAAAAUGCGACAGUUACUAUUUUUUAUUUGAAGGUACCCAUUUGGGAAGAAGCGCAGGAGAGGGGGAAGCUCCGCAAUGUGACGCUGCCUAUCACAUUGUAAAAACGGAAAAGGAGGAACUGCUCAAUUACGACUGCUUCUUCCUUAACAACUACAUCAACCAUGUGUACCUUGAUGUGAAUAAAAAGAUGAGCGAGGGAAAAUACUCAUUUGUGCUGAACAAAUUAUACACAGAUAUAUUUCUCUGUAUGAAGGUCCUCAGCUCUUUGCUCAAAAAUGAAAAAAUGAAAAAUAUUUACAUUAACAUGUUUAAUAGCAACAGGUCCAUUUUGUAUUUAAAUACGUAUGUAAAUAAGCAUAAGGAAAAUUUCUGUGAAAUUUUGCUCAAGUUGAUAUAUUCCUCGUAUCACAAUUUGGCAUACAACAACGCAUGUACAGUGGAGAGCAUUCCCCAGUCGGUAAUCGUGCUGUUGCUUUUUUACAGCAAACAGAAUUGCCAACUCGUGGAAAUUGUGAAAAACGAUUUGUUUGGGGAAAUUCUCAACGCGAGGAUAAAUUUGUUACACACCUUUGUGCGUAGAGGGAGCCACGUACAGGAUGGACCGCUCCCCCUCCGCAAGGUGAAGACGUUAUUUUUGCAAAUCACUUAUCUUGUUUUGCACACGAAAUAUAUGGCCCUUCUGCUGAUUGAUGUGACAAAUGAGGGGUUGCGCCGAGGGGUGAAAAAUAGUCAGGUUGGCGGUCUCGAACAGGGAUGUCCCCUGCAGUGGGAGGAAAAAAAUGAACAAAGUUGUGACGAUAACGCUCAUGGGGAUGAGGCAGAGGACGCUGAGGGAAACCCCUUCCUGCGGAGAAUGCAGAGGGAGCUGUUCAUCCUGCAGAAUAUACCCCAUGAAAAGGCAAAAAAAAACAAACAGUACUUUAACUAUGCUGUGAGUAGCAUGGAAGAAAUAAAAAAAAGUUUGAACGAAGGAAUUGUUGAGAAGUUCAGCUUAGCACAAAAAACGUACGUCCAAUUUGCCUGCCUGACUUAUGAGUAUAUGCUCCACCUGCUGCACGUCUACUACUGCAAAAAUGAUUACGGCGUAACGUGCGGCCAGCUAUUCACAGAGUUUGCAGACAUAAACAGACUGCACAACAAAAUGAAGGGGAAAAUCGAAAUGAAAGAAAGGCACUAUCGCAAAUAUGUUAAAGAUGUCGAUUUUUACCUGAACAAUAGUUAUUUGCAUGCUAUUCAUGAUGAAAUUUUCGAGAUAUUUUUUUUCCUUUUUUUUAACAAAUUUGUGUGUGCAAUUCCGUUUUUUGAUCAUAAUCCAGUUGACAAGUGGAAGCUCGUAAUGAAGAUAUUUUUGCACAAUCUGUUUUGCAACAUUUCGAUUUCUUAUGAGCGAAAUUGCGAAAUUAAAAGUUGGGUGUUUUACUCAUUCCUGCUGAAUUUAUUUUACUACUACUACGAAUUUUUUUCCAUCGAUUUGGGGAGAAUAUACGCGCAGUUUUGCACCGUGGACAGGGACUCAAGUGAAGACCAGCAUACAAAAAAAGAUGAUCAGAAAGAGGCGGCUGAGCGGGCCAAACCGCGGGGUAAAACAUCCAGAGAGGGACACUUUCAUAGGGGCUUUAAAAAAAUUUUAAAGGAAAAAAUUCACCCCCUUAUAUUUUCAGCCUACAAGCUGAUUAUCUUCGUAGAAACCAAAGAAAUCAACCACAGCGCGAAUGCGGACUUUCUGCUCGUAGACCAAGGCGCACAUGAUGUUGGCGAUUUUUCCAAAAUGUUCGACUCGUUUAUGAGUAUUUUGAAAAGCCACACUGGGGAAGGGGCACACGCCAGGGAGAGUGCAAUUGCAAAGGCGAACGUGGAGGGAGAACCAACGUCCACACGCAGUUGUAGCUUAAGUAGGUGCCCUAAUCUGGUCCGCUUCUUAAAAGUGCCGCUGGGGGGGGAGGCCACCCAUGUGCAGAACACCCCAGAGGGGGGGAAGCGCCCCAAUAGUAGUGCCACCAUGCGUGAUGGUAACGUGGAUUGCGAAACGGUGAACCUCCACCAGGAAAAGCAGAGUGGCAUGCAGGAAGGAAGGGAACCCCCUCACACUGGGAACAUGCCCAAUUGUGGAGACCAAAUCGAAGAGAGAGAAAACUCGGAGGAGCAAUAUAAGGAGCUCCAUCUCUACGUCAACCUGCUUAGGCAUAAUGAUAAGCGAUCGUGGACCCAUUUCCUCAGUCCCCGGGAGGGCAGUGAUAAAGAGGAAGUAGCGAACGGCUUCGGGGGGGAGCCCAAUUUUUCCCUCAAUGAUUUAAAGAGCAUUUUUCUACACAUUGUGUACAAAAUAUUGAAGACAUCUGUGAAAUGCUUCUGCGUGGGGUACCUGGACAAUUUGAAGCAACAUUUGCAUUUCUACCUGAACAUGUUAAUAAAUAAUGAUAUAAAAAAUAUUUUAUGCGAAAAAAUGAAUGGCCACUUGGUGAAUAUUUUCUCCUUUUCCAACCUGUUCAUCCUCUACGUUGAGAAGUUAUUCAACACGGACGUGUAUCGAAGCGUAGCUAUCUUCCUAGUAAAAACUGCCCUACAGAAGGAGGUAUACAAAAUAUAUGCGCAAUUUAUUUGCCUGGUGAAGGAAGUGUACGCCUCCCAGUAUGCACGUUCGAAUGAGAAAAAUAAAACGCUGUUAAAUAAAAAAGUAACCGAACUGUAUAACAUUAUUUUGCUGGACUUAUCAUUUUGUGAAUAUAUUUUGGACAAUAAUAAUAUCAUACACAAAUCCACGUAUGAUUAUCUGAUGCGGCGGUAUAGGAAUUACGAAACGUAUUACAUCAAGUCCUGCCUUUACUUUGUUCACAUAUAUAAAGAAAAAUAUAACGUGUAUAGUGAAAAGGAUAUGAAUGAAUGCAGUGCGGGGAGGCACCCAUUUUGGGGAAAGCUAAACGAAAAAGACGCGGAAAAAAAGAAAAAAAAAAAAAAUGCAGAAAUGUACCCCUUCAAAUGCUUAAUUGAUGACGUUUUGACGGAACUGAAUAAGCUAGAUAAUCUUAAUGGAAUUAUUUUCCAAAAGCAUAUACGCCUCUUCGCUCAGAACGUGAUACGCGAUACGUAUUUAUUAUAUUACUUAUUUGUGCAAGGGCCCACCAUUAAUAACCUUUUGGGCAAUGUGCAGACGGACGCAAAUACGAGUUCUUUGGAAAUUUUCCAUUUUAAUCAAGUCAGCUCCGUUGGCGACAAUUCGAUAGAGGACAAUUUGGCUGAGGACAAAAUGUACGAGGAAAUUUGCAACGAAGAGGAGUAUAAAAAACUGUUUGAAGAAAAAAACGACGUCCUCUACAUCGUAGACGUUUACACGAAGUGGUGCGGACCAUGUCUCUUCACCUUCGAAAUUAUAAACAAAAUUUACAAAGCCAAUUUUACCUUCACAGAGAGCGUAAAAAUAGUAGCCGUGUGCGCGCAAAAUAUCGCCUCGCUAAAAAACUACGAUAACAAUUCCAAGCCGUUUUACUUAAUACUGAAGAAUGGAGAAAUUAUUCGCCAAAUUCAGGGAUGCAACACGCCCCAUAUAUUUGCGCUGAUUGAUGAACACUUGCUGGGUACCAAAUUUAGUUGAGGGGUUGUGUGGUGCGAAAAUGUGCCACGGGGAAUGUCGCAGGCGGGGGGAAGAGCAGUUACUGCGCUGCGUGGAGAGGUGAAAAGCGCACACAUGUGGAGGUGUCCCAAUGUGGAAGUGGUCCAAUGUUGAAGUGCCGCAAAAUGGCUAACGCGCCUCUAACGGCAUAUCGAGUUGUCGCAUAAUUAGCACGCGUUACAACGCGCGCGGUUGGAGGAAUGCCUCGCCAUGCGCCCCGCACACCUCACCCCGCAUGUCAUGCAUCUUCUCUCUUUAUUUGUGCUUGGGCGAUAUGUCCACGCACAUGCGUGUACACGGCUGACGCUGCUAUCUGUGCAUGUUCAUUUGCACGGAGGGGGCUGCUCCUGGCGCCGAUGCACACGUGCAAGCGUGCACACUUAUGUGCAAAUGUACACACGUGUACCUGCACACUGCGCGCAAGAUAA